GAGAGUGCGGGAAGCUGCGACUGCAGCUGAGCUCUGUGACAGCCAUGGAACUAACGCCGGAAGAGCGGGAACUGAAUCGCUGGGCUGCCGAAGAGAUGGAGGUGCCCCUAGCGGCUCGCCCCCGGGAGUCGACGCUGCGUAGGCUGUGUCUGGGUCAGGGCGCUGACAUCUGGGCCUACAUUGUGCAGCAUGUGCGUAGUCAGAGGAAUAUCAGGACGGUCCAGGGAAACCUCCUCUGGUAUGGCUAUCAGGACAAUCCAAAGAUCCAUCGGAAGUUGGAGCUGGAAGCCACUGCAGCCCGCCUUCGGGCAGAGAACCAAGAGCUAGACCGGAGCCUGGAGCUGAUGGAUCAAGAGUCUGAAGCUCAGGAUGUAGCCAUGACACAGACACUGCAGAGCCUGAAAGACACCCAGCACCGAGCUCUUCUCCUCCAGGCCCAAGCUGGGGCUGUACGAAGACAGCACCGUGGGUUGCAAGACCCCAUGCAGCGGCUGCAGAAUCAGCUCAAACGUCUGCAAGACAUGAAAAGGAAAGCCCAAGUGGAUGUGACCUUUGGACCUGUGGUGCCAGCAGCCCCAGCCCUAGAGCCUGAGGUGUUGGGUGAUGUCCGGGCAGCCUGCACCCUCCGAACUCAAUUCCUGCAGAACCUUCUGACUCCCCAGGCCAGGGGAGGCAGCAUCCUAAGCCCUUGUAAUGACCACGUCGGAACAUCCUAUCAGCAGUGGCUGACGUCAGUUGAGACACUGCUGACAAACCACCCUGCAGGCCACGUCCUGGCUGCCUUGGAGUACCUGGCUGCAGAGCGGGAGUCAGAGAUCCGGUCCCUAUGUUGUGGGGAUGGGCUCAAAGAAGAGGAGCUGUCCAGGCCUCAGGCACCAGACUCUUCAAACUCCAGCCAGGUUCUGCCGUCCACUGUUCAUCUCAUCCAGGAGGGCUGGCAGGCUGUAGGUGUGUUGGUUACCCAGAGGAGUGCGCUCUUGAGUGAGAGACAAGUCCUGACUGGCCGCCUCCAGGGUCUAGUGGAGGAGGUGGAGAGAUGUUUGCUGGGAUCCAGUGAGAGGAAAGUCCUGCUGCUGGGCCUUAGGCACAGUGGCCUAUGGGCAGAGCUCAAGGCUCUUCAUGCCCAGAGCCAGGAACUGGAGAGUGCAGUUGGACAGCGGCAUCUUCUGCUGCGGGAGCUGCAGGCCAAGAGGCAGCAGAUCCUACAGUGGCGUCAGCUGGUGGAGGAGAGGCAGGAACAGAUCCGUCUGCUCAUCAAGGGAAACUCAGCCAGCAAAACUCGCCUGAGCCGGGGUCCAGAGGAGGUGCUGGCCCUCAUUGAGCAGAAGCUUGUUCCCACCUCUGAAGCUGUGGCACCACAGAGCCAAGAACUACUGCGAUGCUUGAAGGAAGAAGCCAAACACCUGCCGAAUGUUCUCCUGGGCCCCCUGCUGCCAUACCAUGUCAAAGGGCCGAAGCCGUUAUCCAGGGUUCUACCAUCCAUCUAUCAGCUGCACCCUACUACCCCAAGGGGCUCCAGCCUCAUCUUGCUGAGUCACACACUGGGACUGCCUGUGGGGAAAGCAUCCGAACUACUGCUUCCAAAGGCUGCCUCUCUCCGACAAGAUCUUCUGUUUCUCCAAGACCAGUGGGGUCUCCGAGGAGGAAACCUCUGUGUGAAGACCAGUCUGCCUCUGGGACCAUCCACCCAGGAGCUGCUGCAGAUCCAGGUGUCCCAGGAAAAGGAGCAGAAUGAGAACGUGGGGCAGACCCUGAGGAAACUGUCAAAUCUGCUGAAACAGGCACUGGAGCAAAUCCCUGAGCUACAGGGGAUCGUUGAGGACUGGUGGGAGCAGCCCAGCCAAGCUGCCCUCUCCAAGGAGCUCUGUCAGGGCCUGUCUCUGCCCCAGUGGUAGCCGUGAUGAGUUCAGGCCCAGGUAGUGCUACAGCAGCCAUACAAAUGAAGAGGCGGCUAGGAGCAGAGUCAAGACUUGCAAUUUAGCCCGAUCUCUGCACCUACUGUCUCAGGAGACUGAGGAAAGAGGACUGCUGUUGAUUUCUAAACCAGCCUACAUAGUGAGACCCUAACUCAAAAAUAAAUAGUAUUUAAUUCCCCAAACUU